AUGGCGGAUGCAGGUGGCUGGAGCACCAUCGAGUCAGAUGAGGGCCUCUUCACCUCUCUGAUCGAGACACUCGGAGUACAAGAAACCCAAUUCGAGGAGCUCAUCUCCCUAGAUGCAGACACAAUCCGAUCACUAGGCCCCGUCUACGGCGUAAUCUUCCUCUUCAAAUGGACCCGCGAAGCAGCCGGCGCCCGCGCCGAAGCCCCCCUCGACGGAACCUACGACCCAACCGCAACAGAUAACAACGUCUUCUUCGCGGCGCAAACCAUCCAAAACGCCUGCGGCACUCAAGCCAUCCUCUCCGUAAUCCUGAACCACGACAACCCGGCUUCCGCGCAACCCGCAAUCCCGCUCGGCGGCGAGCUGCGCGCCUUCAAAGACUUCACAACGGGAUUCCCGCCUGAGCUGCGCGGCGAAGCGCUGUCGAACUCAGAAGCGAUCCGCAGCGCGCACAACAGCUUUGCGCGGGCGAGUCCGUUCGCAGACGAGACGGCUCGGCCGGCGGACGAUGAGAAGGGCGCGGAUGUUUACCAUUUCAUUGCGUAUACGCCUGUCAAUGGGACGUUGUAUGAGCUUGAUGGACUGCAGCCGCAUCCUAUUAGCCAUGGGGCUUGUGAUGUGGAGACGUUCCCGGAGAAGGUGAUUGAUGUUUUGCAGAGACGGAUUGCGCGGUAUCCGCCUGAGGAAACGCAUUUUAAUCUUAUGGCCGUUGUGAGGGAUCCGAGGGCUAGGGCUAGGGAGAUUGGGGAUGUGGAGACGCUUGAGAGGGAGGAGCGGAAGAGGGCUGCAUGGCAGUGGGAGAAUACGUUGCGGAGGUGUAAUUUUGUUGGGUUUAUUGGGGAGAUUAUGAAGGGGGUCGUUGGGAUGAAGGAGAGUGAUCCUGAGGGGAAGGCUUAUGGGGAGUGGGUUGAGGGUGCGAAGAAGGAGACUAGGAAGAAGCUCGAGAUGCGUCGGUAG